UCGUCGUUUCCUCCUUUAAGGAAUUUGUCGUCGGCGACUUACUCGACGGAGAGAUGGCUCUGUGUCAGUCGAUUGCACUCCCGGCUUUAUACAAACACCAAUCUAUCGGGACAUCUCAAAAUCGGAAAUUAUUCAUUCUACCAACGACGGUAACUUCCAGAUAUCGUUUGGUUUCUUCAUUUCAUACGGCGCGAAGCAAACCCUGUUCUCCUCUACGGACCAUCAGCUGCGUCGCCGGAGCUAAUUCAGACGAUGGAAUUAGAGAAGCGUCUUCUCCCUCUACUUCGGUUUUCGUGAAAGGGCUUCCAGAUUCAGUUAGCGAAGGUCGUUUAAAGAGAGUCUUCUCGGAGUUUGGACAUGUUAGCAAUGUGAAAAUCAUUGUAAAUGAAAGGACUCGGCAGUCUUUAGGAUAUGGAUAUGUUUGGUUCAACAGAAAAGAGGAUGCACAGUUGGCUGUGGAAGCUAUGAACGGAAAGUUCUUUGAUGGCAGGUUCAUUCUCGUUAAAUUUGGUCAGCCUGGAUUGUCCCGUCGCCGGAAACCACAUUCCGAUUUCCUUUUUGUAAAUAAACGAUCUUAAAAAUUUAUGUUUAUGGGAACGCUCCGAUUUCCCAAUCAUCUGCGAAUCUUGUCUCGGUGACAACCCCUACGUUCGAAUGGUAAAUUCACUUCCUCGAUUCCCAUCUAAUGGAUUUGCCUGUCUCUUGUAGGUCGUAAUUAUCAAGUAUCAAUCACAUUGAAUUCAAAGUUCUGCUUUAUGCAAUUUGUAUGGCUUUUUGUU